CGAGCGGCGCGCCGCGGAGCCGCUGCCUGGCGUGACCCGAUCCCCGCUCGCGGCCAAUCAGGCGGGCGUGGAGGCGGGCGGGGAAAGUUGCCCGCUGGAGGCUGGCAGCGGCCGGAGCAUCUGGGAGCGCCAGGGACUUGCUGAGCCCCAGCCCCAGCGCAGCAGCGCCGGGCCCGGCCGCCGGAGACUCGCGCCGAAGGGGCCGUCGCAGGCUCCAGCCCUCGCUGGACCGGCCGGGGGCGAUGCUGGCCUGCGCGGAGAUGCUGACAAUGUGCCGGCUGCCUGCCGAGCCCACCCCCGGCGCCGGGCGGCCCCCGCAGCCCCGCGGCCAGGGGCUCUCCCUCUUCCUCGAUGUUUUUCGACGAGCUGACAAGAACGAUGAUGGCAAGCUGUCAUUUGAAGAGUUUAAGAACUAUUUUGCGGAUGGGAUUUUAAGCUCAGAGGAGCUGUGGGAGCUGUUCAGUGGAAUUGACAGGCAUCAUUCAGACAACUUAGAGACAGAGAAGUUGUGUGAUUAUUUCUCGGAACACCUGGGAGAAUACAGACAUGUGCUUUCUGCCCUGGAAGCCCUGAACACUGCUGUCCUAGCUGCCAUGGACAAAACCAAACUGGAGUAUGAGAGUUCCUCCAAGAUGGAGCAGUUUGUGACCCGCUUCCUGCUGCGGGAGACCAGGACCCAGCUGCAGACCCUGCAGGCCUCGCUGGAGUGCGCCUCGGACACGAUCGAAGAGCAGGCCGGCUGGGAGAGGAAAGACUUGAAGAAAUCUGAAGUCUUCAUUGGCCCGAGAUCUGGCAGGAGAUGUGGGCGCAGAGCUCAGAAGACCGUCUGCUUGUCUCCAACGGAUCCCUAUUCCGGGAUGCUUACUACAGGGGUUUGUGUCGAAGCUGACAGCCAGUGGGCAGCUCAGAUUAACAGGCUACAGCAGCUCAUUGACAAACUGGAAUGCAAGAGCCCAAGGCUGGAGCCUCUAAAAGAAGAAGUUGCUUGCAAAGGGAGAAAUGCUCACAUCCUGGUGGCUCAGAGACAGCUGUCGGUGACAGAGAGCGGCUUAGAGGGAUUCCACCAGGCACUCCAAUCCUACACAGAGCUCACAGCCGGACAGAGCCGCUGCUUACACGUGUCUUCCCGCAAGCUGACGAGCGAGGCCUGCUUCAUUCUCUAUGAGUUCUGGCAGGACGUGACUUCAUGGAGAAGUCACUUGCAGUCCAGCUACAGCAAGACGUUCCAGUGGGCCAUCAUUGACGUGCUGAAGUCUCCAGAGCUUGUGACCACCAUGCUCUUCCCAGCCUCCUGGUGGAUUGUGAACAAUAACUGAUCCUCUGCUGCCCGCUCCGAACAGCAGCCGGCGCGCGGACGGACGAGGAAUCCUCACUCCCACACCCCUGCCGCUCCCUCCCCAGUGCGUCUGCAGCCUCCCCUCUCGCGUGGCUUGUACAGUGCGGUCGUCUCCCUCCUCCUGCAGGCGUUUCCCGGCUGCACCAGGCUGUCCUUCCUGGGAGUAGUUUAUCCCUCUCCCCGCACAGUGUGACUUUCCACAAUGAUGUCACAUCGCUGCCAGCCAAUCAGCCUUUCCAGCUGUGACGCUCCGCCCCUGAAUGUACCACCUUCGAAGAAUGAUGGGGAGGGGAGCACACCCGUGCCCGCGCCAGCGGAUAAAGAAGUGGCUACCAAGAUACUUGAUGUCGGGCUGGCCUGAAGUCCAGUGUCGUGUGAUGACCUGCAGGGGGCAGAACUCACCUUGGCCUGGCCCGGGGGGCUGGGAGCGCUGCAGAGACGGCAGUGCUGAGCCUGAUCCGGACUGGGGGGAACAGGGAAUGGAGGACAAGGGACGUUUACUGUUCUCUGGCACUCACCUGGUGUUGAAUUCAUGGCAAGGCACUGAGGGACUCUAGAUUGAGCUGUGUCCAGCCACUGAACUACGGGCCCUUUGGGGGAUGGCAGUGUGGAGAAAUGGGGGGAUCUUCUGUGCUCUGAGAGGGGUCAGUGGAGCCAGGCCAUCCACAGGUCCUCUGGGGAUCAGUGCGGGACGGCUGGAUCCAAAUCUCUGCCAAAGUCCCACAACACCUCUAGACAAGCCGUGUGCUCCACUCUCCCUGCCUAGGCACAGCAAUACAGCAGUCAGGGAGAGCAGAGGGCGGGCAGAGUGUACACCCAUGCCUGCCAGCCACACCCAUGAGCUCUAAUUUCAGCCCUCCUGGCCCCAGCCGGGCCUCUUUAAGGCUGUGGUUGGUGGUGGACUCAUCUUAGUCUUAGAGCAGUUGCACUAACCGGCGGCACUGGCCUAAUUCUGUCGCGUGGAGUUGGAUGGCCUCACUGCAGUUCCUAUCAAGACACGUGUCUAUGUCCCCAAAACAACCCCUGCGUGUAGGUACCCCCACAGCAUAAUGGGCACUGGUCAGCCUCCCCGUUGGCUGUCCCCGCAGAGCAGCCAACAACCAAAUGGCCCUUGGCUCCUGAGCUCCCCCUCACUUCUAGCAGGGAUGCCACUGGGUUGAAAUCCAAGCCCAUGGGCAAGGUGAUGUGUUUGGCAGCUUGCACUGCCCCAGCCACAUUAUAACUAGACAUGGGGCUGGGUGGAGGAUGUCAGCCUCCCAGGCUGGCAAUUUGUCUCUUAUCACCACUGCUAGCUAGGAAAUAUUUUCGUGCACGUCCAAUCUCAUGGUCCUUUAAACGUCUGAAGAUGAAACCCAGACACCUACGCUCACUCCACUGCGUGAUGUCAGGUCAGAGCGAUUUAAAUAGACAUUACCAUGGUGAGAAGCCUACCAGCAGUAAAGUUAUUUGCUUAAUCUUCUGGCAGAUCAUGUGGUGUGAAUGGGAAAUCUCCCUAGGUGCCAGCUCAGAACACUCUGCUCCCAGGAGGUAGAAGCAUUUCACACCUCAGUGCAGUCAUCCACAUGUGCUGAACGUGGGUGCCAAAUGCUACCAACCCAGCAGUCUCCUCUCACACCCACCAGAGGUGGCAUUCUACACCCACAGUGCACAGGUGCACGUGAGAGCACAAAGAGCAUACGUAGCCCACAGAUGAGUGUGGGUUCCAGGUUCCCCUUGGUGGGUUCCAGGUUUCUCCCCAGUCAUAGAGUUUAAGGCCAGAAGGGGUCCCCAAGUCAUCUAGUCUGCCAGCCUGUAUACCACAGGCCAGCAACACUCUAUGAAUUGUUUCAGAGUGGUAGCCAUGUUAAUUGUGAAUUGUGACAGCCUCCAAUUACAGAGACUUGGCUUUAAGCUCCAGCUCCUGCAGGUCCGUGAUUCAGAUUCUCAGCUGGUGGCCAUCACGCAAAGCAGUGGGGACUCCAGCCCUAGGUGUGGCAUGUCCAGCUGGUGAUACACUUCAUAGGCGGGAGGCCCGGCUGUAAGAAUAGCCCCAGCCUGGUGUUUCUGAUUUAUCCUGGAAGUUCUAGUACAACCAAAAGAACAGCUGCUGUUGGGAGAGAGAAAAAUGCCUGGUGUAUCUAACCUACCAGGGCCACUUCGCCUGCUGUCAGCGUGUGAGUGACCCAGCCUUUAGCAAAGCACUCGUGACCCUGGGCAGGUGUGAACAGAAGGUCAGCUGCUAUUCCAGUCAGGGCUGGCUCUAGGAUUUUUGACGCCCCAAGCAAAAAAAUUUUUGGCCUCCCCUGCUUUUUUUUGUGCCCCCUCCGCCCCUGGCUCUGCCCCAACUCCGCCUCUUCCCCAAAUCCUCGGCCCCGCCUCCUCCCCCGGGUGUACCGCAUUCCCCCCCCCCAUUGCUUCCUGCAGCUCCCCCCCCAUAACCCCCCACCCUAGCUCACCUCUGCUCCGCCUGCUCCCCUAAACACGCCACCACUCCGCUUCUCCCCCCUCCCUCUCAGGCGAGGGAGAGGCAGCGCGUUCAGGGGAGCAGGCGGAGCGGAGGUGAGCGAGGGUGGGGAGGGGAGCACAGGAAGUAACGGGUGGGGGGGGUAGAGGAACCGCUCCCCAACCCAGCUCGCCUCCGCUCCACCGACGCCGCCUCCCCCGAACACGCCGCCGCUCGGCUUCUCCUCCCUCCCUCCUAGGCUUGCCGCGCCAAACAGCUGUUUGGCACGGCAAGCCUGAGAGGGAGGGGGGAGAAGCCGAGCGGCGGCGCGCUCAGGGGAGCAGGCGGAGGUGGAGCAGGGGCGAGCGGGGGCAGCCGGGGCCACGUUUCUAGGGGCAGCAUGGCCGGCGCCGGAAUGCCGCCCCUAGAAAUGUGCCGCCCCAAGCAUCUGCUUGUUUUGCUGGUGCCUAGAGCCGGCCCUGAUUCCAAUGCAGCAUUAAUUCCCUCUUGCAGCCCAUGCAGACACCCCUGGGAGGGGGGUGCAUAAUACCCUAUCAGGCCUGAGCCUGGCAGCCCUCUAGUGUUUUCACUGGGAGUUCUGCCUUGUUCUCAUAAGGCCCAAUCCAGCUCCCAUUGCAUUCAAUGGCAAAACUAUUCCUAUGAAGGAUGCAGGAGAAGUCCCUUUGUUUCUUUCAUAAAGCACAUGGCACAGGUGGCAUUGGGUUAUCGCCCCUAUUUGUUGCUUUAAUCAUCUUAGCAAUCUACCAGCAAAAGGUAAGACCCUCCAGAUCUGAGGUACAUGACCAGCUUGUGGUUACAAUUGCAUUUGUUGUGUCUGUAUCAUGGAGCUGUGCCAGCCACUCUUGCACCUCCCAGCCAGCAGCAAACACCCUCUGGGCAACAGUCCUACAAGUGACUCGGGGUAAAACUUAAACCAGGGGCCUUGUGGCCUGGCACUGCUGAGUCCCUCCAUCUCGCUGGGCUAACAGGAGCCAUCUGGUCACAGAUAGAAUUUCCUCAUUCCCUAUUUUAUAGCAAGUGCCCCAUAAAAUACUCUAUUCUAGCCCAGAAGAAGCAGAGCACAGAAAGUCUGCUCCCUUUCUGAACAAUGGAAUUUCCUGGGGUAAAAUCCCAGUGAUCCACGUCACAGGCUGGAAUUCUGCGUGAUGCGAACAGCCAUUCUCCCCUCGCUCUCAAUACAUGUUUAAAUUUUGUGUCCAUUUCAAAGGGUCAACUUCUGCACCAAACCAAGGAAUCCAACCUGGGGCAGCUUAAUGGAAUGGGGGGGGUUCCAGGUUGAGUUUACAUCCUGGUGUUUUUGGGACACUGGCUGAGCAUCAAAAUGUAGGGUCUGCCAGAAACAGAAAGAAUCUAAUGCUAAUAAAAUGAUAAUAUCCACAGUAUGUCAUCAAAGAGUCCAAUGCAAAUGAUCCUAGGUUCAGGUUUAAAAGGGCCCCAGCAGUGCUGGCAGCCCAGGGGUCCCGCAAUGUGCUCGUGCAUCAUGAGAACUAAUAACAAACUGAUUAGAGAAACAAAUGCCAUUGGCGAGUGUCAACUCGCUGAGAAAAGCAGGGAAUAAAGAUCCCAAAGGCAUUGCCACAGAGACAGGUACUGUGCAGAAGUGUGAACUACCUGGGGUGGAGUUAUAAACGGGGGCAGGACAGUCUUUGUGGGGUUGUGCCAUGCAGAGCCCAGUUCUUAGUUCAUAUAAUGCCACUGUCACCAGAGGGACCGGCUUGCAGGGAGUGUCGCCCCCAGAGAAUCUGACUCGUGAGGUUUAGCCUGGUAGCAUUCAGAGGCUGUUUGUACCCGUGGGGCCCUGGGAGUGUUACCCAGGGUUUUGCUGAACCCAAAGCUCUUGGUAACGUUACUUCCUGUAAGGGGGUGGCAGGAAAUAAAUCAAUGGAGACACGGCCAACUGGCUGAUAGAGAGUUGAUGCAAGCAGGCAAACAAAAAUGCUUUCACUCAAAGCUUCUACUUUAUUUCAUCUCCAGCACUUCCACAUGCCUGCAACAGGUUAGCAGAGCACCCCAAAUUACCCCCAGAUUCAUAUUUACCCAGGGUCUUGAGGAGGUCUCGCGUGGAUUAGUCAGCCAGUGAUCAGCCUUCUGUCUGCAGGGGAAACUCGAGCGGUGGUUCAAGUGUCCACCGAGCCCAGAUUUCGUCCUCUUUUUAUACCCAAAUUGUUAGUAUGAAACAGCCCAUUCACCAAAACCUGCUCGGCAGACGCUAAGUGUGGCAUUUUCCUCCUUGCUUGCCCAUCAGUUAACUGGCUGCAUUUCACAGCGCAAAAGUUAACUAUCCCCAGACUUUCCAUCUUGCAAACCACAUGCUUUGGCAAAAAGCUCAGGUCAGGAGGGCACAGGGUCACGUUUACUCCUCACGGUCACUCCCCUCCUGGUUCGUUAGCUGCAAUAAGGCUGCUACAAAGGCCUUACGGCUGCUUCCAGGUGUAAGCAUAACAAUUUGGAUUCCAGCUGUGUGGGCAGUGGUUCAGGCAUGUUACUGGGUUAACAAAGUUUCCUCCGUACAGGAAGAAACGCUCCCCCACUGCAGCGAUCCUGCCACCCUCCCUGCUCUUCCCCACCCCUCUUGCAUGUCUCCCUCCUCCCAAAGUGGGUACCGAGACGCCUGCUGGCUGGUUCAGCACUGAGAUUCACACCCCUUCUGUCCUGCCCUGGCUCCUGCGGCCUUAGCAUGGCCUGUUCCCAGCCAGCAGCCAGGGGAGGCCAGGCCAGGCUCCCAGGUGGGCUGAGAACAGAGGAACUCCCAACUGGAGGUAGACCUGACACGGCAGGACUGGCUUUGGCCAGUAGUCCUGAGCUCUGCACAAACCGUCCCUUGUCUCUGCCACAGCAUUCCCUAACGCCGUAAGCAAAUCCUGGGAUCCAGCCACUCCUGAGCAGCUCAGGGCAGGCCAGUGGCCUAAGGUGUCACUUAGGUGAGGUUCCUUGCAAAGCAAAUCCAGCUGUUCUGCAGCAGCCUCCUGUAAACUGGAUGGGUGUGAACAGUAGCCCCGAGUGUAUGUCAUGACAGCAUGAGCACGUCUCAUUCCCUUGCUCGUUCCCUUGCAUUAAGACUGAAUCUGACCUGCAUGACCCCGCUAGCCCCCAGGGCUGCAGAGCCAGCUUGGCCUUUGCUCAUUGAGUUUGGCAAACUCCAAGUGGCACACUCCAAACUCCUUGGCGCGACAGCUCCCUAAGCACCAUUGUAAGUGCUGUUAUUUCUACACCUGCCCUCUGCUUAGCUACCAGCCCUAAUCGUUCCAGACGGAGUGGGCGUGGGAAAGCUAGAGUAGCCCUGGGAAGCAUGAAUGAGGGGCAAAUGAGUAACACACAUCAGCUCCCAUAUUAUUAAACACGGCAGAGGGGUACUAGAGCUGUUGGCAGGAUUUUUGUGUCUGGUUAGUACCCGGUCCAGCCAAAGUCCCAGGUUGUUAGCAUAGUCCCCCGCCAACUGGAGCAGUUCUGAGCUAAAUGCUGCCGGAGUCUCUUCCUCUCUCCAGGUUCUGCUUGUACUGAUCCUGUGACCUCCUGAGCAUGCUCGGUUCUCUGGGACGUCAAGGGGACCUGAGGGAGUGCAGCACAAGCAGGAUUGAGUCCGAAAGGCAAAAUUCUGCUCUCGGCUCCACAAGGCAGAUGUUGGUUCUCAUCCUCUGCCCUCUGGCUAGGCUUGGAGUUUGGCGCCUGUAAGGGAAGCAGAAUAGCAGCUAGUCCUGGGGGACCCAAGCCGACUAUCAGAGUGGAGUUUCUGGGAGAUCUGUUUCUGAAGGGUAGGCAAACGAUCAGAGCUGAGGGGCAUGGGCCCCUCUGGGGAGCUGAGAGGACACGAGGCCCCCUGUGGCAUGCCCCCAUCAGAAUGAUCCUGCCCUGAGUCUGCCAGCAGACUGGUGAGGAUACAACUCAACAGCAUGUAAAAUGUAAACCCCCAUGCACAUCCAGCACCUUCCACUGCGUAUGAAAGCACUGCAGCCCCCCAGAUGCCACCGGUGGCCCCCCCCCCCACCCAACUGACUGAAAUGGGGUGAUUCCCAACUUACGCUUUGAACUAAAUUGUAUCAUUUCUUUCAGGGGUGGUUUUUGGCCUUCCAAAUUCCUUGCAUUCUAAAAUCAAAAUGAAAUGUCCUCCCAGGGACCUGCAUGGCGUCUCUGAGCUAGGAGGUGGUGUCCGUGUCUUUGCUAUGCUACAUUGUGAAUCUGGGGUUUUAAAACAUCAAAGCAAAAAGGAAGAGCAUAGUUAGAAAAAGAUAAGCAAAAGUCACCUGAGCCAGAAAAACAGCCGUAUCAAUUAUUACACAGGGCUGCUUAGUUAAUUACAAUUCUCUUUCUGUAUAUACAAGAUUAUAACUGUAUUAAAUAUUCAGACUUGCACUGUAGCUGUGUAUGCCAAGUCUCUUGUCUGUGAAUAAACAGUUCCACGCUGCCACCUGGUGCUGGUGC